CCUUCAGCUAUAGUUCCGGAGAUACAUCCACCGGCAACGCAAUCUCCAACCUCCUCGAGUCAACCGAGAGGGCGCCCUAAAGGGGCCAAACGGACGGGUAUCACGAAGCUAAAGAAACUGUACACCAAUCUUACACCACAGGAGGCCGGUUAUAGUUGUGACCAGCAGCGUGACUGCGGUAUGCGCUUCCGUAAGCUGGAGCUACUGGAAUAUCAUCGAAAGUGCCACGCACGUGAUGCACCCCAUGGUACCGUGUGUCCCGAGUGUGGUUCACACGAGUUUCGCAGCUGGAAAACGUUGCACACUCACCUGUGGCGUCAGCAUACGAUCGACAUGGAGCUGUACGCUUGCCAACUGUGCAGCUUCAAGACGCCCCUGUUGGCCCGGUUACUAAAAACGCACAUGUUGAUUCACUCCGACGAGCGGAACUUCAAGUGUGGCGUCUGUGGAAAGGCAUUCAAGAACAAUAAGCAGCUGCGGAACCAUCGUCGAUCCCAUCGUGAUCCGUCGGCGAUGGUUGAGGAGCAACCGGCAGAGGUGGUAGCGGCAGCCGCGCGUCCUCGGACCUCCAAAUCAACACGGAAGGGUAAAAAAUCUGCACCGGAACCAAAUGGAAAAGAAGAAGGUGACCAGGCGGCAUCGGCUGCUGGUGGUGGAGGAGCAGGCCAUAAUUCCAUACUGAAAUGUGCCGCCUGUGAUGAACAGUUUGGAAACCAAGGGCUGCUCCGAUCGCACGUGGAAAAUCAACAUCCGACGACGAUUGCACCGGCAGCUACCGGGAAGUACCGGUGUACGCUGUGUGGAAUGCUUUUCGUGACGCGCUAUCAACUGGAUAAGCACACGCCGAAACACUCGGAUGAGAAGCGGUUCAAGUGUGAGCACUGCGAGUACAGCACCAACGAGCACAACGCGUUUCGUCGCCACCGGAUGCGGCAUAACGCGAAAGGGACGCAUCUGUACAAGUGUGGGUACUGUGAUUACACGAGCAUCCAGAGCACGACCUACCGGAAGCACCUGGAGCGAAGCCAUGCCGAGGUGGCCUCGGCACUGCUGUACAAGUGUACCAGAUGUGCGUUCGUCUCGAUUAGCGAGCUCAAGUAUCAGGCCCAUCAGGCGAAGCAUGAACGGGAAGCGUUGCAAGAUGACCCUGAAGGGCAGUCAGAAGACGAGGAGAGCGAGGAGGACGAUGACGAGGGUGACGAGGACGAUGGUGAGAUGGUCGGUGAGGAUGAGGAAGAUGAAGUUGAACAGCAGCAACCGGCACGUGGUGGUGGUGGAGGAGAGUCGGAUGCACCAUGGCUGACGGUUUGUGGCCCUAGCACGGAAGUGGAACUCCUCCAACAGGAUCAAUCGUAUCACCGUGCCUGUGAGAGCGUGAAUUCUGAUAUUAUGAUUGUGGAUUCAACGGAGCAGCAAACACCUGCCACUACCGUUGAGGUUCCGAUGCAGCAUCCUCCUGUUGGCAAUGCGCUCCAUCUGGUUCAGCCUUCGCAACCCAUCAUCCGACCAGCGAUAUUCGCCAACAAUUUCUCCAAAGUUGAUAACUUCUACGGUUAUCAACAGCAGCACCAGCAGCAGCAGCAUCAUCUUCAGCAUCAGCAUCAGCAGCCACAGCAACAUGAGUUGUUGCAACCAAAAAUCCUGAAACUUACCGACCGGUUACCCCCUCAUCGUGUAUCGCCCGGACACCGGUCGUACAUUCAGCCAGGCUUUCAACUGCAAUCAACCUUACCCUCACCAUGCGGUCCAACCCUAGUGUCGACGGUGGCACUUCCGGUGGGUUGUACAAGCAAUACCUACACGAACCUGACGACUGCAGCAACCGAUUCGAUGGCUGGUAUCGAGCAGAAGCAGUACGAUGCUGUGCAGCCGGUGCCGGAGAUGGGAAUGUUUAUGAACACGGUAACGGAGCCUUUGUAAGAUAACAUGGAGCGAUGGAGUUCUCCUGGAUACUCAUUAGCCAAUAUUCUAUGCGGGAGGAUGCUCAAUGGAGGUGUUUACUCCAUUCAUUGGGACCACCGGUAGUGUCCACGGUCAGAGAUGGUGCCUCUUUCUAUUGUGAUAUUAGUAUAGCACGUUCGUAGGUUUAGAUUAGGAAAAGAGAACCUCCCUGAAGAAGCCAAAGUCGUUUCUGAUGGUAUGUGGUAACGGUUUGUUAUUCGUAAGCCAACUUGAAACAUGAUUGUCCUUUUUUUUGAUUAAUUUUAAUUGACAAAAAUGAGGGAAAAAGAAGUAAUCUAUUUCUAGAAAGCAUGUUUCUAGUAAUUUAUAAGCAUGACCUGAGAAUAUGGAUGGAAUAGAAUGUCCAUAGUAGAGCGAAAAGUGUCACCGUAUCACGAUAAGGAACAAAAAUAACAUAAAAAAGUAACAAUUGGCAUCAUAAGAAGUGUAGGAAGCUUUUUGAAAUGAAGUAUCUAAGAAAAGAAAAGUAUUUCUCUUGUGUUGUUUCAAUAAUACAUAAGAAUGAAUAAAUUAUGGUUCUGGUGCUGUAGUUUCCACAGAUCUGUUUGAAGGGAAUUGAGGAUCAAAUUUAAUGUGUAUGUAUAGAGGACAACCGAUCAAACGUCACGUAUAAGAUGAAGAGAGGAUGGACAGCCCGAUAUAACGAUACAUUUUGUUUCACUAUUGUGCCGCGUUUCAAACUUCAAGAAGUUAAGUGGUGAGUUGGAG